GCGGCGGGGGCGGCUGCCGUCGGCGGCACCGCGGGGACCGCGGGCACCGGGGCUGGGGAGCUGCCCCGGGACGGUCAAGGCGAUGAGCAACCCCGCACUGCCGCGCGUAGGUUUAUCUAUGAUAUUCACAUAAAUCGAGGGGGAACUCCGUCUGCGAGCCGGGCACAUUCGCUUUCCUUUCUGUCCCGGUCUUGACAUGAAGUAGAUCAGUUGCUAAACUGUUGCCUAACCAAAUCAGGCGUGACACAACAGCAAACUUGUUUCAGAGAAGGAGUUUCCUCUUGGAAAUCAAUUUUCCUGCUAAUAACAGCAUUUGAGAAGCUGGAAGGCAGCAGAAAAUGGUUCGAGAGCGAUGUGGGAUGUCAGAAAGCUUAAGGUCAACUAGCGUGCACAGAGGUUGUGAACUGUAAUUGCUCUUAAUGCUGUUUAAGAUUAACCUCAGUGGUUAUCAGGGUUUAUUGCAUCAGCACCAGAGGAAAAGGAAUUCAUAUGAAGAAAUAAACCCAAGAGGCACAGCCAACCAUCUGCAGUUAAGCAAAAAAAGAAAAGACUGAAAGUAGUCAAUUUUAUUAUUAUUAUUAAACAAGAAUACCCUUAAAUAGUAGAAAUGCACAGCUAGGAAGUAUGUCUCAAUUUAAAAAUAUUGGCAGAUGAGAUGCAAAAGCCCACUGUAGAUGGAAAGAAUCAUCAGCAGAAGAACAAACAAGUAGCAAAGGGAGAAUGAAUUAAUAAAGUUGCUUGAAUCUACCUGAAUUGGGAGGGUACCAUGCAUAGAAAAACUGUUCUCUUUCGAGAAUUCCAAAACUGAGGAUAAAGUAAUGAAGCAUUAACUCACCGUGGGAACAGGUUGUACUCUUACAGUGCAGGUCUGCACUGCACAGUAAUGUUCAGCACCUUCAAUGUCAGUAACUUCAGGAGUACUGAAAGCAGCCUGGAGCACAGGUCCAUGUGUUUGGUCUAACAAAGUAAACACAGCUUGUAUCAGAAAGGCCACGAUAUAAUCACAUUUUAAGGCUUGAUAUUGUUAUUCCUACUGGUUCCCCAGCCCUUACAAAUCCAGAAAAAAUGAGAUAGUGCUCCUGAUGGCUUAUAGACAGAGGUACAAUUUGUACUAAAAUUGAGAAAAGGAAGGACAACUUGUUGCAUUCUUUACAAUAGUCAAAUCUAAUUUUUCUUCUUCUAAAACAUUCCUAAAAGCAGAUUGGUUCCUCAGAAUCUGGAAAACAUCUACCUUGCUGUUAUGAAAAGGGAAUCUAUUCAGUUUACUGAAGAGUUUUGACAGAAGGCUGACUACUUCUGUUAUUUGUGUCGUGGUGGCUCCUUGCAAUCCCAGUGGUAGACUGGAAGCCUACCCUACCAAGUCCUGCCCUACGGAAGAGCCCCAGGAAAGCAAACCAGCAGCAAACAGCUCUGCAAAAUGGGACUCAGCUCACAGCAGAAAUCCUUUCACAAGCCUCAGCCCCCUGGUAGGCCUUCCCUUCCCUAAAGUCUGAGCAAUUAGAGGUACCUUUCAGGAUGUUUGGGAGGUCAGUGAGCUGUUUGGGCAGCAGAGCAGCAAGUUUCUACAGUCAAGGACAUUUUCUCCUGCUCUGGGCACCCUACCACCCCUCUUUUUCACACUAGUAACUGAUGGAUGAGAGGGCCUGAAGCCAUUAUAGCAGGGUUUUGUUGGUGCUCAUGGUACACUUAGCACUAACUAGUAGAAAUCCACAAUUAACACAAUUUCUCAGGCACAAACAUUCUUGGUUUCCUCUGGUGCUGCUGCUGACCUUAAUUAAAAGUUCACCUAAACUGUAAAAUAAUUGAAUAAACCACCAGAGCUCAAAAAUUAUUCACUCAACUAAUUAUUUUGUAGGCUGGAGAAACAGUUUUACUGUUAAUUUAAGACUCCUGGUUGGAUUAAAUUAUACAUAAUUAACUUCGUUGAAUGAAGCCAUCAUCAGCAUUCAAGGAGACAGAUUCAGUGAAAAUAGCUGAAAUUUUUCCUAGCAGUGAGGGGUUCAGUGUCAUCCAGAAUUAGCCUGUUUAAAUUAGCUGAAUGGUUGAAUGUUGGUAAAUGGUAAAUAAUACUGUGAGGACUUCAUCUGGAAAUUAUAGGGCCAUUUCUGACUUGUUGGAAAAGCGCAACUGCUAGCCUUCUGAGAUUAUAGGAUUAAAUUGUAUCACUACUUUAAAUGUGACUCAUGAGCAGGGGCUUUCUGAAGAGAAUUACAUAAAUUUCCCAAGGUCUUUCUGAAUAACAAAUUUUUCCAAAUAAUUUCCCCAUCUUUAAUAACUGUGGGUGAAAUCCUGGCUCCAUUGAGGUCAACAGAAAAAGUUCUCUUGAUUGCAGUGGAGUCAGGAUUUCACCCCCAGACUCUGGGAAAUGUUCAGCUCUUUUGUGGUGACUGGGUGAGGAAGAAAUGAGGAAGAUUGCAGCUGGACAUGGCAUUUUCUACCAACUGGCAAUUCACUGUCCUCAGAUUUUUAUAUUUACCUCACUUAACGAUGAACCAGAUUCUAUUCUCAUUUGCACCAGUGUGGAUUUACAGUGUAUUUUUAGAUAUCUCUGGGCAAAAUCUAUCUUCUUCACAUGACCCCAAACAUUUCUUGCUGUGUUGCUGAAGUAACGUACAGGGAACUGUGCAGUUCUGGGUUGACCAUGUGGAAAUUUAGCUUACCCACAGUGCUACCCCAAGGCAACUAUUUGCUUACCUGAACUAAGUUAAUUAUAAUUGACUUUGCUAUAAUUAUUAUAGUUCUAGACUGGAGUAGAUAACACAUACUGUAAUUAUCCAUACAGCUAUUAAAAACAAAAAAACCAAACCCCAACCAAAACCUACACACCAAAGAAAGCUGGAAAACCAACAUAGUAAAAUCCAAUUUAACACAAGUUGCUUUAUGAACAAGGAAACUACUAAAAACUGUUUUCCUAUGGAUUUGCAGCUUUUGUCCAUUGAACCACCCAUGAAAGGUGCUCAGUUUUCUUCCAGACCUCUUAUCUCACCUCUGCUGGGUGAGAGAUGGAUUGUGACAUGCAGAGAUGUGUGCAUCAGCUAGCCCACCGUGUUUGAAUGACUGACUGCUGAGUUAUGUCUCUUUCCCCCUCAGUGGGGUCACCAAUUUUCACAAAGCACGUAGGGGACCUCUCUCCCUCCAAAACUGGCUAAAAAAUAAGAGUGACUAAAAAGAGGAAAGUAGAGAGCACUCUUGGGUAAGUUUGUUUCUUAGGAAACCUACUAGAGUUGAGGUUUCUCCAUGGGUUUACAUUUGCAUAAUUCCCCCGAAGUCUCUUCAAUCACACUGUUUUAUAUCAGCAAAAGAUUCGGCCAUAAAUAUUUAAGAAUUUCAAGACUCCCAUAGAGGGCACAUGAGGACAGUUUCGAAUUUUACAAGAGCAAAGGACUGAAACAAACUGUUUCACAUUUUUCAUGAGUCAAUCCCUCCAACUCAGUCUGUGCUUUGGGGCUCCAGAGCAUGUAUAGACUCUUACUUCUGUGCCAGCUCUUAUCAUUAACCAUUUUUCAGGAGUUUAGAGCCAUAUCUACAACUGUAUGUAAGACUGAGUGUGAUAAUUUUGUGACAGAUCAUGUCGUGAUUAGCAAACUUCAGCUCCUAGUAGAACUCGUUGAGCUUUACCUGAAUGUAGCCAAGAUAAAGGUAUGCUCUGUCCAUUUGAAGCUGGAAUUUGUGGUGGUAUAGCUCUGAGGAUGAAGAUACUCUUACUUUCUGUCUGUGCCUUAAAUAAUAAUACUACUUUUUUGCUUUCUGAUUUUUGUUCUUAUUUUCUUUCUCUUCCUAUUCACUCGAUUAUCAUUUGCCACACAUUACCAAUUUAAAGCUUAACAGUAUACAUACUUACACAGUUUUUUUGAAUAUUAAGUUUCAGAAAGACCUAGAAAUUGUCUCAUGCUGAUGUUGUUCUUACUUUUAAAUACUAACUUUGAGUUAACUUGAAGUUUUCACUAGUGACCAAAUACUUAACUGCUUGUCUCUAGUGAGAGAUUGGGGUACAUGGAGAAGGGGGACUGAAGCAAUGUAAGAACUACAGUAUUAUUCACAGUAUGAAAUUUACCUCUAAGAGAUAUUUGCCUUUCUAAAGUUGUUGAAAGACUAUUAUUAUUAUCUCUUUUUAUCUUUCAGCAAAAUGAUGGUCCAACACUCAGGCCAGGUAUCUGCAUUAGAAGUCAGCGCCUCCGCAAUUGUUCCCACUUUGUCCCCUGCAGGGUCACUGGGGUUUGAUGAUUUCACAAAUUUAACCCCACUGGUGAAAGAGGAACUGAGGUUUGCUAUUCAGAAUAAGCGUCAGUUCCACAGGAUGUCUUCUUCAUUGGACGCGGUGGCGGUUUCUGAAAGGCCAGUUGAAACAGCAAUGAUGAAAACAGAGUUUUCUCCUGAAGAGGAUGAAAGAAAGAAGAGAAGAAGGGAAAGGAACAAAAUUGCUGCGGCAAAGUGCCGAAACAAAAAGAAGGAAAAAACAGAAUGUUUGCAAAAAGAAUCAGAAAAGCUGGAAACUAUCAAUGCGGAAUUAAAAGCCCAGAUCGAAGAGCUGAAGAAUGAGAAGCAGCAUUUGAUAUACAUGCUAAAUCUUCACAGGCCUACUUGUAUAGUUCGUGCACAAAACGGAAGGACACCUGAAGAUGAAAGAAAUCUUUUUAUUCAACAGAUCAAAGAAGGCACAUUACAAGGUUAAGUGAUAUGGCAAACAUGGAAAUAUUUAUAGUGUUUUUAACAACUACCAGAAUCCAUGGAGGAUCUGACAUAAUGUGUAGGAUUCUAUUAGUCAAGAGCCUUUAGGAAGGGCAGGUUGCUUUCUUAAGCGGAAAGAAUCAUUUUGGCUUGACAGCGAUUCUUCCCCUUGGAAGAUCUGGUCUCAAUCAAAUUGAAGAGCCUUCUGCCUCAAAUAUAGGUUUUUGCACCUGUCAUACUUGCUAUUCCUAGGAGCUACAGACAACAGCUUCAGAAGUUUUAGCUCUCUGCUAGUAUACAGUAUCUGCACUCACGACGUUUGUGCUAGAACACUAUGACUUCCAGUGAUGCACAUGGGACAGACAGCUGUGCUGGAUGGACACUACUUUUCCUUGUUGCUGAUAGGGAAAGAAGACUGAGUAUUUUUGAAGUUUCCAGGAGGAUGGUUUCUGGCAGAAUGUACUGAUGCAUAAUGUUGCAUUUUAACCUAACACAUACACACACACACACACACAAAACCCCCCUUUAGUUCCAACUAAGCUUUGUCAGUUUUCUCACAACACUUGUGUGGGUUUUUUCUAUGACUCAUCUCAGUGACUGAAAUUGAAGAGCCUUGUAGGUGUGACAAAGAAAUGUUUCUUGCAAAACAUCUAUGUGACCUAGCUUGUAUUUUAUGAGUUAUCACCUCACCUACUAUCCUUUGGGGACUACAAUUUUUCUUUGAUGGCUAAAGAGCAGCUUGUACUAUCAUUUAGUGACUCGGUGAAUUGAACCCACUGGAAAGAGGAAACUAACUGUCGAGGAGUAUUGAUAGAGGUUUUGCUGAAGUAAAGAACUGCAGGACUGAAUCCCAGGCUUGUGAACCUUGAAAAGGUUGGGUUUUUUUUUUUUUAAAUUUAUCUAGAAUCUAAUCCUACAAGCCUUAAUUCAUACUAUUAAGCCUCAUUCACAAAAGAGGUUCCAUGGAUUUCAGAGCUCAUGCAGAUAGCUCUUACAGGCAUAAGAGCUUGACAAAGCUUUUUCCAUCCUGGCCAAGAUUUCUUCCUUUUGCCAGGUGAUUCAGAGGGAAAAAUUAUGAUUGCAGCUACUUUUAUUUUACAUUUGAGUGGCAACUACAGUCAAUCAAAAAUGUUACUUAGAAUCUAAAGGAGGCAGGAGUUUUGAUGUAGUGAAUGAUUGUUUUUAUUUUUUAUUAAAUACUAACCUUGGAUGUUUUUGAACUGGUAGAAGAGCUGCUGGACAAAACAGUUGGAGUUAUGAGUGUUUAAAUUCUGAUGUUUCUGUGAAAUUCUCAGAUUGUUUAUUUCUAUAAAAUAUAUCCUUACAACUUUUUGUAAAAGAAAAUAUUAUUCUUAUUUAUCACUAAUAUCUUAAUGAGUAGAGUUAAUAAAUACUGCGAGCAAGAGAAAACUGAAAACACAAGUGUUGUGCUGUCUUUUUACCUUUGGUGUUUAAUAUUAUAUAUUCCUAAACUUCAUCAGUUGUAUUUGAGACACUGCUACUUAGAACACUUAUUCUUCAUCUUUUUUGAAGAUGAGGCACUGAGUAUCUUGAAUGAUUGGGUGCAGACGUUAUACCUUCCAAAAUUCUGUAUCUCCAUCAGUGAUGUCUAACCAUUCGAUGUCACAAUUUAAACAAAGCAGAAUACAAACGGAGCUUACUGUACAUAAUAUUUUACACCAGUUAUGCAGUGUUGAAAUUGUGUGUUUGUUCUAAAGGCUAAACUUAAAGAUACCUCAGCCAUAAGGUUCUUACCCUGCAAAUUUCUCAUGAGUCUGUCACAUAUUGUACCUGAUCCUUAUAUGAUCAUUAUAUUCUGCAACAGAACUUCUUAGUACCUUUUCCUAAGAUCUGGAUAUAUUGUAAUGUCCUAUAUCACAUUUUAAAGAUAUGUACUUCAUGUAUCUGAAAAGUGAAUGUAUUACAAAGAUGACAUACUAGGUCCAAUUCUGUCCUAAGAAUCCAUUAUCUUUCUGUGUAUUGGAAGGAGGUUCCAUUGACUUCCAUUGACAAGUGAGAGUUUUAUUCACAUCCUGUAGGCAGAGUUUGGAAACUGUAUGGCAACUUCUGUGGCUUAAAGGGUGAGUUCUAUGUGUAAUUGGGCCAGCUGUUUAUCAGACAACAGGUAUACAUGAAGUGUGUUACAAUAAACUUGUCAAACAAU